AUGCCACGGGAUGGCGGAGGGAUGUUAGCUGAGCCUAAAGUAUGUGUAGGGCCAGCUGGAGUUCCUGUGCCAAAUAACCCUGCACCAACCAAGGAACAGAGCAGUGGCACACGAAAAGCACAAGUUGUGAAAAUUCUGGGAGAAGGAGCGUUUGGCGAAGUCAAACUGGUGGUUGAUCCGCGGAAUCCGAUGUGUUGUGUGGCUUUGAAAUGCAUAGAUUUGAGGAAGUUUCAAAACAAUAGUGAAGCUUUGAAUCAGUUCAAGAAAGAGGCUUACUUACAACGAUUGCUCUCGACUAAGGAAUGCGAUAAUAUGAUUCGUUACAUUGGGAUGCGUGUAGAGACUGAAGGUGGCCUGAAUGAGCUUCAAAUUUAUUUGGAAUAUGCAGACGGUGGAGAGCUUUUCGAUCAAAUUGAACCUGACGUGGGAAUGCCACCUGUAAAGGCGCAGUUCUACUUUCGACAGUUGCUCAAUGGUCUCAAGCACAUUCACAGCAUGGGAGUUGUUCAUCGAGAUAUCAAACCCGAAAAUCUCCUUCUCACCGGCCAAGAUGUUUUGAAAAUCUCCGACUUUGGCAUGGCUACCGUUUUCCGACAUAGCGACCGUGAAAGAAUGUUGAAUGCCACAUGCGGUACGCUACCAUACGCUUCACCACAAGUAAUAAAAGGAUUGUACAAAGCAGAACCUGUGGAUAUUUGGUCGUCUGGCGUAGUUCUCGUGGCCAUGCUAGCUGGCGAGCUUCCUUGGGACUCAGCGGAGUGUCCUGCCUAUAGUGAAUGGGUAAAUGGCACUGUCGUGGUUACCGAAAACAACCCGUGGAAGAAAAUCGACACCACAGCAUUAUCAUUGAUUCGCGCAAUACUGACGGAGAACGAAAACACUCGCGCUACUUUGCAGCGGAUUAUGGAACAUCCAUGGACAAACGCAGACUUUGCCACUGCAAGGGAAAAUUCGGUUUGUGUUCCUGCUAUCAAGAGGAAGCGUCUGACGGCUGAUAGGAGCGAGUGCCCAGCAGCUUCCCAGCCAUCGGCAGUUAAAUGGACACCUUCUGUGGUGACAAAUCGACGACACGACCCAAUGGCAAUGAUGGUACGCCGCAUGACGCGAUUUUGCGUCACAGUGUGUGGAGCUGAAGUCUUACUCAUUACGUACAGAGACAUGUCGUUCAUGGUGACUAUCUACGAAGUACCAACGAAGGUGUUAGUUGACUGUAGGAGAUCACGUGGAGAUGGACUGGAGUUCAAGCGAGCUUUCCUACUGCUCAAGGCUAGCCUAUCGGAUAUCAUAAGCAAAGAAGGAGAAUCGUGGAUGGAAAGUCGUGGUCUGACUUGUUCACAAAAUGCUGAGGUGGCGAGUUGGACGAGAAGAGGUGCUGUUUAUUAA